CAAAAAAAUUAAGGCCGGUAACCUAGUUCAUAGGAAAGAGAAAAUGGGUAUUUUUUUAUGAAAAUAAUGACCAAAGAACUGUAAUACAAGAAUGUGAAAUUACAAAAUACCCCUUUUCUUAUUUAAAACUUCUGAUUUGAUUUACUAAACCCUAAUUUCUCAAUUCUUGAAAAUUUGGAGAGAGAAAAUGGAUGUGGGUUUGAAAAGAGAGAACGAAAAGAAGCAGAAGAAGAAUGAAAAACCUCCUUAUGUCGUUGCUAAAGAUGAUACUAAACCUGUUCUUCAAGACCCUUUAUGGAGUUCUGAUCCAACUCAAGCUGAACAAGCAGUGCUGCGAUUGCCGCCAUUUCCGAUCAAUUCCAAAGCUCAGAAUUGACAUUGUAGGAAUUUUAUGAGGUUCUUUUUUUCAGUUUUUUUUUUUUUUUUUUGUAAUUUGGGAGUGAUGCACUUGAUUCCACUGAAUGUGAUCUGCUGAGCUACACUUAUCAUUUGUAUGUAAUGAAAUUUUUUAUCAUUUGUUAAUGCUAUAUGCUUUUAUGAACAA